AAAAACGGCGUCCAUGCCUUUAAUUUCCUAACCGCGACUCAACCGGAAACAGUACUGUUAUUGCAGGUAACCAGGAUUUGUCCAGCCCACACAGAGUCGGAUGAGGAAGUAGCCGCUGGGUUGCUACAUGCACUCCGCAGGGCAACGUUAAAGCAAAGAAAAAAGGAAACUUGGUUUGGAUUAGUUUCCAGAGGCAGUGGGGAUCCAUUGAGCGGGAGCAACAGCAGAAAUGAAGCUUCGCCUUCAUUUCGUAGUGGAUCCGAUGGGCUGGCUCUGCAUCAGCGUGGUGUUUGGGAUCUGGCUCUACAACACGUUCUUCGUUCCCAAACUGGUGCUGCUCCCACACUAUGACGAAGGGCACAUCCCCUGGGCCUUAGUUGUUUGUUAUUACCUAGCAUCGGCUCUAUGUGUGAUGGCCCUGUUCAGAGCUUCCACCGCAGAUCCCGGACGUCUUCCUGUGGAUCCACAUAUACCUCACUCUGAAAGAGAACAGUGGGAGUUGUGCAAUAAGUGCAACUUGAUGAGACCGAAAAGGUCGCACCACUGCAGCCGCUGUGGCCACUGUGUGCGCAGGAUGGACCACCACUGCCCCUGGAUCAAUAACUGCGUGGGAGAAGACAACCACUGGCUCUUCCUGCAGCUGUGUUUUUACACUCAGGUCCUCAGCUUAUUCACACUGGUGCUGGACUUUUGCCAGUACUAUUAUUUCCAGCCCCUGACAAGACUAGACCAGGAAAAGUUUACGACACGUCAUGAACUGGCUCUGCUGCGAGUUUCAGCGCUCAUGGGCGUUGUCAUGUUCGGUGGCAUGUCGAACUUGUUUUACUCGCAGAUGGCUGGCGUCCUCUCAGAUAUGACUACUAUUGAGAAAAUGUCUGAGUUCUCCAGUGAAACAUAUGGCACAAAAAGAACGUGGCAGUGGGCGCUCGCUGAGGUUUGUGGCACUCGCUGGAAACUUCUGUGGCUCCUCCCGCUGCGCAGCAGACAGCCUCUCCACGCCGGCCACCACUACCGCAGCCACAUGUAGCUCUGUGGCUCUACAUUCCCCUUCCUGCCUGCACUUUCGGUAGAAGUUGCUACAGUUAAACACUCCACAUACUCCUGAAACAAAUCUGUCUGCACACCUUCACCGCCCUCUUGCUGGGCAGCAGAUACUUAUGUUUUGUUUUGGUUUUUGCUUGGUUUUAUUCAGUUUCUCUCCAGGAACAGGGUCACAAACACUAUUUUGGAAUUGUGUUAAAAAGUUUUGAACACUGUGACUGCUAUUUAUAGCAUCUGGAAACCACCUUUAAUAGUUAUUUACAUGAUUGGGAUGGAAGCAGUGGGACAUCUCUCAGGUUAUGUCAUAAAGAGCCUUCACUAGUAAUUAGCUACAGACAGAAUAACUACAAAUCUGUUAGAAGUGUUUGAUUUUUGUAUAAAGUUUGUGCCUUGUUUUUGUUUUUGGUAUUUACCAAAUUUUAGAAAAGGGUCUGAAGUAUGACUAUCUUCUAAUAAUUCAUGAAUGUUUUCUUUGAUUGUUUUACUAUGGUUUUAACUACAAUGUGUGUAUUUUUAGGAGCAUAAUACCACUGAACAAAGUUGAUACCUUUCAAUCUAGAGAUGUCAUAUGACUGCUGAGAGCACUAACGCAAAAUCAAGCUAAUAUAAUCACUCCUCGAUAGUGACUUUUGUAGUUAAUCCUGUUGUUAAAUAUGAGUUUAAUAUUCACUGAUCAGUAGUUGAUGUUUGCUGUAUAUUAUUUGUCAAAUUAUACUGUUAGAGAUACCUUGAGUCAUGAAGAGUUCAAGGUACAGUCAUAAGAUUAAAAAAAUCUUAUCUCGUAUACAGUCAUGGGAAAAACUAAGUACACUCGGUGCAUAAUUUAUUAGCUUGUAGAACCACCAUUAGCAGUAAUAAUGAUCACUCAGCAUCAGUCCAGUGAGGAUUAUAGCUCUUAUUUAUGGCUCAUCCACUACACCAUAUCAAUUAGAUUGAGGUCAAUAACCAUAGCAACACAUUGAUUCUAGUUACCUAAUUGGCUAAUUUUUCUAUCUGUCCGACCUUUACUGUUGGAUAUAUUAAACUUUGACAUACAGAGGAGUUCAGGGUUCUGUGGCUACCAAACAAGCCCAAAUCAUUGCUCUGAUUGUCAUAUGGUAUUGGGGUAUUUGUCCACACAGCACCGUAUUUAUCAAUACGGCACUGUGUUAUGGUCAAAUAUCUCUGCUUUAAUCUCAGUUAUGUCUUGGUGGUUUGUACAAUUUUUACCAUUCCGGGAAUGAACUUUUAACAUUUCACAUACAAACUGAUGGUUGGAGAACCUGCAAUUGAGCUCUUGUUUUGUUUUUGUCAAUUUCUUUGAGAGUGAACAGUCUGAAAUUGAAAGUUUUCUGGGAUGUCCACUCAGGAGAAUUGUCAACUGACUUAAAAGAUUUCCACUCUGAACAAUCUUUAUCUCUGUAGAGUGAGGAGCUUUAAAUUAUCUGCAAGUGUCUCUAUAAUUCUUCUGAGGUUGACUGAUUGAAACAGGUGCUUCUUUCUUCAUUAUUGCUGAUGAUUUUGGUCCUUUUCAUUGUGUUAAAGGGGCAGAAUUAUGUAUUUUUUUAGCUUUACUUCAUGUGAUAAUCAUAUUACCUAAUCAAAAACAUACCUGGAGGGUUACUUUGAUUCUUUCAUUCAUGUUUGAGAAAUUCUUGAAUCUCCCACGGCAACCAUUCAGCUAUGUAAGACGUGUAGUCUCACUGAGUGACAUCUUUUCCGCGCAAUUUCCCUAUUCAGCUCCUCCGGACUAGCGGCAGCAGCAAUUAGCAAACAGCUAGUGGAAGUAUGAGUCUGCUGAACUCAUCAUAUGAACUACUUAGCAGUACAGUGCUGCUUAAAACAUUGUAAUGAGUGUCAGAAAGAGCAGGAACUUCUUAAAGAGAUAUGGGCCCAAUUUCAAGGUGUACAAUUGCAAAGUCAAAUUUAUUUUAAGUAAUUUUUGAUGUAUAUAGCAUUUUUCAUAACAACAAAAGUUGACAUAUUUACUUUAUUGUGCUAUAAAAUGGCACUAUGUACCUGAAAAAGACAUAAUACUGCUACUUUAACAUAAACCUGUAAGCUUUCAUAGAGGUGGUCAGACUUGCUGAUGAUCAGUUGCAAUUACAAAACAGCACCUGACUGCUGCUUUUUCUCUAAAAUCUAAAACAAGCAUCACACUAAUACUUAGAUUUUUCCCUUGACUUUGCUGACAGUUAUGGAAACUUGAUUUCUUCCACCUGUGUAAGUAAAAUCAGUGUAACAAGUCAGUUUGCUGCUGAAUAGAUAGAAGAAAUAUAGUCAUUUUCACAUUCAAAGAAUAAAUAUACUGACCACAUUGGUAAUCCGUUAUUUUAAAACAACUUGCUGUAUUGACCAUAGCACUUGCAAUACAGAGGAUUGGUACAAAUAGUUUUCCUGUGGAUUUUGAGACAUGACGUUUGAGUCCUGUAGCUUAGGUCUAUUUUUUAUGAAUGUUUUUAAUUUAUAAGUGCAUAUUUAUAUUUCUGAUAGGGAAGCUCACAGAUUAGGAUUGUUGUGGAAACGUACAUAGACAAAGCAGGAACUAUACAUUUAUUUCUAGAAACAGGCAUAUAAAGGAAAAAAUAAUUCAACUUGGCAGAGCAAACCAUAACAUGCUGUCUAAAAUACAAAUAAUAUCAAUUUCCAACACUUUGUUACUAGACAUUCACAAAAUGGCUAUUUCUAGCAAAAGUGAAGGACUGCCAGUUCAGUUCCAAUUUACAACAAAAGUCAUUUCACUUCAAUAUGAUUAAAUUUUAUAGAAUACAAACCCACUCCACUCAAUCUAAAUUAUUCCAGUGAAACCCAUUUGGUUUCACUGGACAAUAACAACAAUAAUUUGUUGUUGAAUUAUUGUUGUUAUGCUAUGCUUUUUUAAAAUUUGUUUUAGGUGCUAUGUAGCUUGAUAAUCAACAAUCCUAUCCCUAUUAAGAACUGUUUUCUACAACAAGACGUUAUGUGCUAAGAUUUCUGUUCAGUCUUAAUGCUUACCUAACUAUUCUGUGCCAACAGUUUGCUAACUGUGCAGUGCUUACAGCUUGCUGUUCUAUUCUCACACUAAGCUGACUGUUCUUCUUGCUAACUCUUAGCUAACCGUUCUAUGCUAGCACUUGGCUAACAUUUGCAUUGUAAAACAGCUAACUGCCUUGCGAACAGCUAGCUGCUCUUCUUGCUAACACUUAGCUAACAAUUCUGAGCUAACAUUUGGCUAACAUUUGCAUUGUAUGAGAUCCUUCUGAAUAUUUAGCUUACUGUUGAGGCCUGACAGUUUAUAAAUUGUUCUGUGCUAAACUUAGCUAACUAUUUUGUGCUGACACUUGGCCAUCUGUUUAAAAACAGGAACAGUAUCUUAUUGUAAUGAGAAACUUUCUUGUUUUAGCUUGUUAAAAUGUGUUUUAUGUUUUAACAAGAUUUUUGAUCUCAAUAAAACCAAAAUAUGUUCUAGUCAUAACAGUACAUUUCCAACGACGUAGGGUGUUUGCGUUUCAUUUAGAGAAAAUAUUGAAAAGAUGGAGAGUGAGAGGAAAACCUUUAUGCCUUUUUAAGAAGUGACCUGUCAGCUAUGUAUUUUUGUAAGUUGAUGAAAUGAGAGUUUAUCCAUUAUAAUGAGAUAUGAAAACGAGUUUUGUAUCUCAUUUUGACAGUAAUUUUUUUUUGCUUUAACAAGACACUGCUCUUGAAUUUAUAUCCUAGCCCUGGCAGUUAAAUGCCCCUGUAUUUUCGUGCUAACAGCUAGCAUCAAAAUGUUGCAAAUGCAUGUUUUUUGCAGUUUAGGCAGUGGUGUUUGCUCUGGUAACACUGUAUAAUUUAUUUAUGAUUGUUUAGUUAUAUCUGUUUGAAACUGCUGGAGACUUUACUGAUUUAAUUAGAGAAAUAGGUCAUGCCAUAGUUAUACUAGCUUUGAGUGAGCAAGUUUCUUUGAAAAACCUGUAUGUAAACAAAGCCUAUCGUGUGUGGAGAGAAUACUAUAUUAUCCAAGUAAUUUUGAGUGCCUGUCCAGGCCACUUUUUUUUAUUUUUAUUUUUUUUAUGUUUUUUUGCCAUCACUGUACACUCCACACCGACCAAAGAUCUGGGAAAAUGUUGCAGUAGUCAGCAAGCAUUUAUUAAAUGCAUGUUUCACCAAGUUUGUGAUGGUAGCGGUUCAAUAAUAUGCACUGAAUUUUAUGCUAGCACACAGUCUGUUUUAAUGUGAAGACUUAAUUUUAAAAGGAAGAUAAUUUAAAAAAAAAAAGUCCUCACUAUGGGUAUGUGUUGAAUUUUUUCCAGUUUGAAUUUGCAUGAGCGUGGUUUCAUAUGUUUGCUCAUCGGUCUUUAUAGCUCAUGCUCUUGGAUGUUUGAAAACUUUUUAUCAUGAUUUUUAGGUGUUUGUGGAGGCAAUGCAAGGGAAAAUGUAUGUUUGAUUUUUUUUUUUGAUAAGUUGUUUUCUUUUUCUUAUUUGGUUUCAGAUUUUUGAAGCAAUAAACAUUGUUCAUAAUUUUUCUUUGACCGCUUUUUUAAAAAAUGUAUUAUUACGUUUACAUUCUGGCUGAUGAAUUUGGACCUAUGUCUGAACUUUAAUGAUGGCUGCCAAGCUUAACAUUACAAGUCACCGCCUUGCACUACAUCACUCUCAGUUGUAGACGUGAAUAUUUCCAUCAGGCAGCUGUUACUUGGCAUCUCACAGGAGAUUGGAGUUUGGACCUUUGUAAUUUUUUUUAACUGUUCUUUUUAGGUUUCUUAAUAUUUUGUGUUCAAACCUUGUUUUGUUUUAAGUCAGACCUCAACACUGGAACAUUUGUUUUGUGAACGUGUUACCAGUUACUUUUCUGUUUAUAAGUCUUAUAUAAAGUUGCCAAUUUAUUGCGCUGCAAAUUGUGAUUGUAGCAAAUAUAUAGGUAUUCAUAUUUGAAUAAAUUACAUUCUGAAUAUGU